AUGCCGGUAGAACAUUCACCGUUGAAACAAGUGCAGCAAGAGGAGCAAGUACAACAAUUGGAUCAAGCGGAACAAUCAGAAGACGUUCCAAUUGUGCAACAUAUGGAGUUGCCGGGUCCGCCUACCGGGCACCUUUCAAGAUCCAAUUCAUCAGGUUCAUUUCACGGAUUCAAUUGGGAGGAGGCUAUGGAUUCUGAAACGAUGCGGAGAUUGAAGGGUCUGUUCCGGCAGAGAGGACAAAUCGAGCAGAAGCUAGUGCGAAUCCAGUUAACCUUGAGAGACCAGAAAAGUAUGAGAUUGGUCCAGCUGCAGUGCACCAAGGAAAAACUCGUAGCCAUCUACACCGAGUUUAGCCACUUCCAUAGCGAGAUCAUGGCCUUGAUUCCUGACGAAGCAUCGGAUGAGCAGGAUGACAUUUACUGCUCCUUCGAGAAUCGUCACAGUGAGUUGUCAAAUCGCGUUCAGGAAUUGAUCAACUUCGCUACACCACGGCAACCUGCAACUUUUUCUGUUCCCGCACCACAAGUCAUCAUCCAGCAACAACCACUGAAAGCGCCAAUCCCUACGUUUGACGGCAAUUACGCUAAUUGGCCGAAAUUCAAGGCGAUUUUCCAAGACGUGAUGGCGCAGUCUGGGGACUCGGAAGCGCUGAAGUUGUACCAUCUGGACAAAGCGCUGGUUGGAUCCGCUGCUGGAAUCCUGGAUGCGAAGACGAUCAAUGAAGGUAAUUAUCAGCAAGCCUGGAAGGUGCUAUCCGAUCGGUACGAGAAUACGCGUGUGAUUGUGGAAUCGCACAUCCGAGGAUUGCUUUCGUUGAAGAAGAUGUCGAAAGCAACGUUUAAGGAAUUGAAUAGCCUGCUGAGCGAAGCAACGGGUCACGUCGAAAGCCUUCGGUACCAGAAGCAAGAGCUGGUCGGUAUUUCCGAGCACAUCGUGGUGUAUCUCAUCGUCACUGCCUUGGAUGAUUCGACGCGAAUGGCCUGGGAACGUACCCAACAGAGAGGAGUGCUGCCGAAGUACGAACAGACAAUUUCAUUCAUCAAGACCAGCUGUCAAGUCCUAGAGCAGUGUGAGUCAUCGCGAGUGCUAGCGCAACCAACUAUCUCCAAACCCAAAGCCAUAUCGAUUACAAGCAAGAUGCCGUUGCUGAAGAGCAACACAGCCACCACGAGUUCCAGCACAUCCCAAGGUCAUUGCCAAUUCUGUGGCAGUGGACAUUUCAACUUCCAGUGCACGGAGUUCAAACAGCUAACAGCAACUCAGAGGGCAGAGAAAGUUCGAACGACAGGUUUGUGCUUUAACUGCCUCCGCAAGGGACACCAAUCCAAACAGUGUACGUCCAGCAAAACGUGUCGAAAGUGCAGCAGAAGACAUCAUACCCUACUACAUGAUGACAACGAAAGGGACAGCAGCCAGGAUGUCAAAGCGAACGUCGCUUCGCCAAACAAUCGUGAAAUCAACAAACCACCAGCUAGUGUUCAACCUCCUGCUUCGGUGGUAGAUGAACCCUUGUCCACUGCAUGCUCAAGCAAUCACGUCCAAACAUCGAAGACCGUUUUGCUGCUUACUGCAGUCGUCCAAGCCAUCGAUAAGCAUAACCAACCGCAUCCAUGUCGAGUCCUGCUCGACAGUGGGUCACAAGUGAAUUUCGUCACCGAAGAAAUGGCAAACCGCCUCGGUUCUCCUAAGAUGAAAGCCAACGUCCCGAUUACUGGAAUCAACGCCUUGAGAAGCCUAGCUCGUGACAAAGUGUUCGUAAAAUUCCGAUCGAGCUACGGAGACUUUCAAGCCAACAUCGAGUGUCUGGUUACACCCAAGGUAACUGGAACUAUUCCAAACAGCAGAAUCGAUUUCAGCACCUGGAAAUUCCCUGACGGCAUCCAACUCGCCGAUCCACGUUUCUUCUGCCCCGAGAAGGUCGACAUGCUGAUGGGGGGAGAGCUUUUCUUCGACAUUUUGAAGCCCGAUCACCUGAGCCUAGGUGCAAAUCUACCGCAACUUCGGGACACUCAUCUUGGAUGGGUGGUAGCCGGAGUGAUAAACGAGCCGUACGUUUCGAACGCGGCUAUCCAACACGCCAACUCUGCUUCGAUCGAUUACAUCGAGGAAUUGAUGCACCAAUUCUGGAAGAUGGAGGAAGUACCAGACGCUUCUCCAUUUUCACCCGAACAGCUGUCCUGUGAAGCCCAUUUCUUAUCGACGUACGAGCGUGAUUUGACCGGUAGGUUUGUUGUGAAGCUGCCAUUCAAGGAUAACGUGGACCAGUUGGAUAACUGCCGCUUUCUGGCGCUCAAGCGAUUCUUCAUGCUCGAAAAACGUUUGGAACGCAAUCCCGAACUCAAGCAACAAUACGUCGGUUUUAUCAAGGAGUACGAGGAUCUCGGCCACUGCCGGGAAAUCAAGGAAGCUGAUGACCCACCGAAUCUGAGUAGGUACUACCUGCCCCAUCAUGCGGUGCUGCGUCCUUCGAGCUCAACCACCAAGUGUCGAGUGGUAUUCGACGCUAGCGCCAAGUCCGAACCAUCCAAGCUGUCGCUCAACGAGGUGCUCCAAGUCGGCCCAGUAGUGCAGAAUGGAAUAUUCUCAAUAACGCUGCGAUUCCGUAAGUACCCAUAUGCUUUUUCAGCCGAUGUAGCCAAGAUGUACCGUCAAGUGCUCACGGCGCUACUGGACAGGCGGUUCCUGCGAUGCUUCUGGCGAUCCGAUCCAUCGCAUCCGUUGAGGGUACUUGAAUUGAAUACCGUUACGUACGGUACAGCUUGUGCACCAUACCAAGCAACGAGGUGUUUGGUGCAGCUUGCCCAGGAAGAAGGUUCUGAGUAUCCCAUCGGUGCUCGGAUCCUGAUAGAAGACUUCUACGUCGACGAUGCUCUAUCUGGAGCCAACACCCUCGAAGAUGCCAUCGAAUGCCAACGUCAGCUGAAAGCACUGCUUGCCAGAGGUGGAUUUCAUAUCCACAAAUGGUGCUCCAACUCGGAUGAGUUUCUCGAGCACAUACCACCUGCAGAUCGAGAAAAGAAAGUUCCGUUACACGAGUAUGGACCCAACGAAGUAAUCAAGGUACUCGGAUUGCUCUGGGAUCCGAACAUCGACAUUUUCAUGAUUGCCAAUCCACCAACCAUUUCGCAACCUGCCGAUAAACCAGCCACAAAACGCAUCAUUUACUCCGAGGUGGCAAAAUUGUUUGAUCCACUCGGACUGUUCGCUCCAGUGAUCGUCACCGCGAAGUUAUUGGUUCAGCAGCUUUGGAGGACAUCAGCAGGAUGGGACGAUCCAAUCGACGAGGAUACUCAAGAACAAUGGUCCACUCUUCAAGCAUCACUACCGGAGCUUGGUCGUAUUCACAUUCCAAGGUGUGUCACGUUCCCGGAUACUAUCGCUCACGAGUUGCAUGGUUUCGCUGAUGCAUCGAAUGUGGCGUACGGUGCGUGCGUCUAUUUGAGGAGUAUUUUCGCCAAUGGAUCCGCAAGCUUACGUCUUCUGUGCAGCAAGUCAAAGGUCGCUCCAUUGCACGAUCUUUCCAUUCCACGAAAGGAACUUUGUGCUGCGCUUCUGUUGACGCAAUUGGUCGGUCAAGUGAUUCCAGCGCUUCAGAUGUCUUUCCGAGAAGUUGUUCUUUGGUCGGACAGUACAAUCGUUCUAGCAUGGCUCAAAAAACCCUUGGAUCAGCUUCAAACUUUUGUGAGGAAUCGGAUUGCUGUAAUACAAACGGAAACCAGUGAGUAUCGAUGGAAUUAUGUUCGUUCGGCUAGCAAUCCCGCCGAUAUCGUCUCUCGAGGCCAACUGCCGGAAGCUUUGAGACAGAACAGCCUUUGGUGGAAUGGUCCGAAGUUCCUGUCCGCAUCCGAAUACGACGGUGAAGACACCGAAGAGAUUCCCGACAACAACCUUCCCGAGCUGAAGGUCCAAGUUGCAACUCCUGCGGUAAGUUGUGAGCCUUUUCCGUUCUUCUUCAAACACAGCUCUUUUCGAAAAAUUCAACGCAUCAUGGGCUACGUGUUGAGGUUCGUCAGCAACUGCCGAAGGCCACGGUCACCCGAUCGUGUGAAGCAAGCCCAUCUCACUGUCGAAGAGCUACGUCAAGCAUCGGAAGCAAUCGUCAAGGUGAUUCAACAAGUACACCUUGGUGAUGAAAUUCAACGACUGGUCUCCAAUCAACCAUGCAAACGUCUGGGCAACCUGCGCCCGGUGUAUGAAAACGGCUUGCUGCGAGUCGGAGGCCGAUUGGAUCGCUCGAAACUGCCGUUUGCAGCGAAGCAUCAACUCAUUCUUCCCGACAAGGAUCCUGUAACGAGAAAGUUGAUUAGUGCAUUGCAUUUAGAGCAUCUUCACAUCGGUCAAGCCGGUUUGAUCAACAUCAUUCGACAGAGGUACUGGCUUUUGAACGCAAAGUCUACUGUGCGACAAGUAACACGGUCAUGUGUGAAAUGUUUUCGCACGAAUCCUGAUGAAACCAAACAGCUAAUGGGAAAUCUACCGACAUCGAGAAUCGUACCAUCGCCUCCGUUCGCAGUGACUGGUGUGGAUUAUGCCGGUCCGUUUCUGGUGAAACAAGGUUCACAUCGUCCGAAGCUCGUGAAAGCGUAUGUAGCAGUCUACGUAUGCAUGACGACGAAGGCUGUGCAUUUGGAGGUCGUAUCCGAUCUGUCGUCGGAUGCCUUCCUAGCGUCGUUGAAGAGAUUCAUCAGUCGAAGAGGAAUGGUCCAACAAAUUCAUUCGGACAAUGCAACUAAUUUCCACGGAGCAAACCACGAACUACACGAGUUGUAUCGGCAAUUCCAAGAUCAACAAACUGCGAAGAAGAUCCAACAGUUCUGCCAAGCACGUGAGAUACAGUGGCAUUUCAUCCCGCCGGACGCACCAGAGUUCGGUGGUCUCUGGGAAGCGGCGGUUAAGGCGACGAAAACCCACCUGAAGAGAGUCGUACGCAACGUGAAGCUGACAUUCGAAGAAAUGGCGACCAUACUGACGGAGAUAGAGGCCAUCCUUAACUCGCGUCCGUUGUACAGCGUGUCCAGCGAUCCUGCAGAUCCACAGGUAAUUACGCCAGCUCACUAUCUUAUAGGUCGUCCGCUGAUCGCUCCAGCCGAGCCGUCCCUGGAAGAUAUCAACGUUAACCGACUCGAUCGAUGGCAACAUCUGCAACUGAUGCGUGAGCAUUUUUGGCGAGCGUGGUCCAGGGAUUACCUCAAUUCUCUCCAACCACGCAAGAAGAAUCUACGAACGACACCAAACCUUCGACCUGGAAUGGUGGUCGUACUCCACGACAAGACUCAACCCCCGCUCAGCUGGAAGCUGGGUCGAAUCACAUCAGUGUAUCCUGGUGAUGACGGUUUAGUACGGGCCAUCGAUGUGUUCACCAACGGAUCAACGUACCGUCGUCCUAUCAACAAGGUCUCCGUACUUCCAAUCGAGGACAACGUUUGCCCCUCAUCGGUACCUGAAGCUGUUGAUACGAUGUCUCAACCGGGGGGAGAAUGUUCCGUCCGUUCCCAGGAGGACUGA